AAAUACUCCGCUCAGCUGUUCAGUUGUCAUCCAUUGUUGUGAACGGAUUUCUUGUUUUUGGAAAAUUCUAUCGGAAAAAGACAGAAAGACUCUUCCUGGCGAUCGAUUGUUAUGUAUUAAAGACUACGCCAAAAUGAAUUUAGAUGAUGUGGUUUAUGUAAUUUGCCUGCUGGCAUGUAUAGGAGCGGGCAGUUACCUUCGAAAGAUACCCGAUAAAGUGCAAAAGAAAUACAUCAGCACUGCAUUGGGUCUGCUGAUGGUUUUCAUUGUUUCGGGGUAUAAUAGUUUGCACUGCCUGGUGUCGGCUUUCUUGGGUGCAGCAGCAGUAGUUUUCGUACAUCCCAGCAUAUGCCAUUUGGCGGCCUUCUUUGUUAUGUUUGGCUAUUUGGCCUUCUUCCGUUUGGCUAGCAACUUUGGUCUUCCCGAACCCCCCGGACACAUAAACAUGAUACAAAUGAUAAUGACUUUGAAGAUUGCCGGUGUUGGCUUUGAGAAAACAGCCUCUUGGAAAAAACUAAAAGAACACGAAAAAGAUGAACAAGUUGAAGUUAGCAAAUUCGAUAGGGAUGUUCAGUCCAUCAAUAUGAUUGAAAUCUUCCAUUACUCUUUCAAUUAUAUUGGCAUACUUACGGGUCCGUAUUAUCGUUACCGUACCUACAGUGAUUAUUUUGAGACUUCCUAUGCCGAUUAUGCACCCACCAUUCAAACCACUGUGGAUCGGUUGAAGAACGCUGGUAUCUAUUGCAGUUUAUACUUGUUGGGCAACUACAUAUGGCCUUUGGAAUAUGCCCUUACCGAUGAGUUCUAUAAUGAACGAUCCUAUUUCUAUCGUCUGUUUUAUAUUUGGCCUACAUUCUUUAUAUUCCGCAUGCGUAUAUAUACCGGUUUGACUUUAAGUGAAUGUGUCUGCACUAUGGCCGGUUUUGGAGCAUAUCCCACCGAAGUAGAUGUGGCUUAUGGCGGAGGUCCUCGCAAGGCUUAUGACAAUUUUAAACCGGAAACAUAUAAGGGUGAAUACACAUUUGCCACCAUUGUCAAUGCCAAUGUCAUGGGUGUGGAGAAGUGCAGUACAUUCCGUGAGACAAUGAAACAUUGGAAUAUAUGUGUACAAUAUUGGUUGGCGGUGAAUAUUUAUAAACUAUUCCCCAGCAAGAAAUACAGAACUGCCGCCACCUUACUGGUCUCCGCCUAUUGGCAUGGUUUCCGUCCUGGCCACUACUUCUGUCUGAUGGGUGCCCCUUUCUAUGUGCACAAUGAGGAUAUGUGGGAGAAACUGGUACCCAAAUAUCCUAACGGCCCCAUGAAACAUUUACGCGACUUCCUCUUUUGGUUCUUUAAAUUCUUCUGUGGCAGUUAUUUGGGUACAGCCUUCCUGUUGGUGACUUUUGAAAAGAUUUGGCGUUUCUAUAGCUCAGUUUAUCAUACCUGCUACAUUUCUUGGUUCGUCUUCUUGGUCGUGGGCACCGUGUUGACCAAACAACGAAAAGCCGAAGAAAAACGUAAAAAGCGUCUAGAAGAAAAUAAAGCUAAGGCAGCUGAACAGGAUGAAGUAAUUUCAGGCAAAGAGAAAUCGCAAUAAACGGUGGUGUUGGCACUGGCAUCAAUUCCGCCUGAGCAUCCAAAUACUCCCACAAUGCUGUCAUAUCUAUCAAUGAUGUCUGACAUGUGGGACAUGUGUAGUGACCCGAAGCAAGUAAUUGAUCAAAACACAUCUUGUGCAGCAAAUGACCGCAAUCGGGAAUGUGACAUGGAAUUCGUGAGGUAUGUAUAUCGCCCAGGCACACAGGACAAUGAGAUCGUGAAAUGUUUUCCACACACUAAAAAAAG